AUUUCCCAAUAUCAUGCGUAUUUUAUGGCAGUGACCUUGACCCAGCAUCUUAAAUGUAUAUAUAUUGCAGCCAAUUUUGAAGGUUGCACGCAGUUAGAUAUCAUUGCAGUUUUCAGCACGCUGGAGCCAUGUCAUCUCAGAUUGAAGUGCCACACAUUGAAACACUGUUUAAGUUGGAUGGAUACUUGACAACUCAUGAAGCGGAGAUUAGGAGAAGAUAUGGAUGCUUCCAGAGCCUUCUUAAGCAGAUAGAUACAAAUGAAGGAGGACUUGAGAAGUUUUCACGAGGAUAUGAGAAUUUUGGGAUCCACCGAACCCCAGAUAAUGGGAUUCGUAUGUUGGAGUGGGCGCCAGGCGCUGAAGGCAUUGCACUUAGGGGGGACUUUAAUGGCUGGAAUCAGACCCAGCACCAGUUCAAGAAGCUGGACUUUGGCAAGUGGGAGCUGGUUAUUCCACCAAAUGCAGAUGGAUCCUGUCCCAUCAAACAUAACACUAAAAUCAAGUUGGUGAUGAACACGAAAGCUGGUAAGCUGGAAGACCGUCUGUCUCCCUGGGCGAUCCGUGUCACUCGGGAGGAGAAAGUUCCGGUCUACGACCAGGUCUUCUGGGAUCCACCGCAGAAAUACGUAUUUAAGAACAAGCACCCAAGCAAGCCCACUAGUCUUCGCAUCUAUGAAUGUCAUGUGGGCAUUGCCUCAUGGCAAGGAAAAGUUGCCACAUACCCAGAAUUCACUAAGGAUGUCUUGACACGCAUUAAGUAUCUUGGUUACAACGCCAUUCAGCUGAUGGCCAUUAUGGAGCAUGCUUACUACGCUAGUUUUGGUUACCAAGUCACGAGCUUCUUCGCUGCAUCCGGUCGUUUCGGCACACCAGAGGAGCUGAAAGAGUUGAUAGACACGGCCCACGGUAUGGGAAUAAUUGUGCUGCUCGAUGUCGUUCACAGCCACGCAUCCAAGAAUGUCGUUGAUGGCCUCAAUAUGUUUGAUGGGACAGACUCAUGCUACUUUCAUGGUGGGCCCAGGGGUAUCCAUGAUCUGUGGGACUCGAGGCUUUUCAACUAUACUGAAUGGGAGACCCUGAGGUUCCUGUUGUCCAAUCUUCGUUGGUGGAUUGAGGAAUACCAGUUUGAUGGCUUCAGGUUCGAUGGUGUCACAUCAAUGCUCUACCACUCACACGGCAUGGGGCACGGGUUCAGUGGAGAUUACAAUGAGUAUUUUGGUUUGAACACGGACACGGAAUCCCUCACGUACCUGACCACGUCCAACCACAUGCUACACUCCCUCUAUCCAGACUUCAUGAUCACCAUUGCAGAGGAUGUGUCUGGAAUGCCAGCCCUGUGCCGUGGAGUUACAGAGGGAGGGGGAGGCUUCGACUAUCGCCUAGCUAUGUCCCUCCCCGACAUGUGGAUCAAGACUCUGAAGGAGAAGUCAGAUGACGACUGGGACCUUACCAACAUUAUUCACACUCUGACUAACCGCCGCUACACAGAGAAAUGUAUAGCUUACGCUGAAAGCCAUGAUCAGGCCCUGGUGGGUGACAAGACGCUUGCUUUCUGGCUGAUGGACAAGGAGAUGUACUCCCACAUGUCUGAGUUGUCCCCACCCUCCAUUGUUGUUGACCGUGGUAUGGCCCUUCACAAGAUGAUACGCCUCAUCACCAUGGGGCUCGGAGGGGAGGGAUAUCUCAACUUUAUUGGAAAUGAGUUUGGUCAUCCAGAGUGGCUGGACUUUCCCCGCGUUGGGAACAACGAGAGCUUCCACUACUGUCGACGACAGUGGAACCUCGUAGAUGACAACAACCUCAAGUACAAGUAUCUGUACAACUUUGACCAUGAUAUGCAGCAUCUGGAGGCUGCAUAUGGCUGGCUGGCUCCAAUGGCACAACAAUAUGUGAGCAGGAAAAACCAGGGGGACAAGGUCGUGGUGUUUGAGAGGGUGAACAAGUUGCUGUUUGUCUUCAACUUUCAUCCAACUAACAGUUACACUGACUACAAGAUCGGAGUCAACACUCCUGGCAAAUAUCCUUUGCACUUGUCUGGAAGCACUAAGAUGGUUCUGGACACAGAUUCGGGGGCAUAUGGCGGUCACAAACGGCUUGACCAUAAUACGGACUUCUUCACCUUCAACGAGUCCUGGGAUGACCGAUAUCAUGCACUUAUGGUGUAUAUCCCAAGUAGGACAGCCUUUGUGCUUGCCUUACAAGAUUGAAUGGUUCUACUUGUAUUGGUAAAAAGGUCCAUCCUAGACUGGUCGCUUGUACAUAGUUAUGCUGGCAACGGAUUGAAAACAAAUCGUAGACUGUGAUGUUUUGGCGAUGUUGUGUGUAACCAACACAAAUUUAUGACUAUUGAAUGAAAGCGUUACACAUACACAUGUUUUAAAAUAUGUUAAUUAAAUUGUUAACAGUCUCUAAGACAAAAUUUUAGAUGUUGUAAAAAAUCAUGUACGGGUCUGGAUUCUCAAAAUCAAGCAAGAGGGUUUUUUUCCAUAUUCUUGAAUCAUAUACUAGUACAUUGUUCUUUCUGAAAAGUAAAAUACUACUAUGCUCUAGGAUAACUAAUGUGAGAAUAUUUGUGGUUUUGUAGAUAAAUAUUAAUGUAAUUCAGUUUCGUUUUGUGGGUGCCUUUAAGUAACCUUGCUUUAAAAAGUGUCUAGUCACUUAAAAAUAAUACAAUUACAUAUUAGAGAUGAGCAUUUUAUCAAUAAACACAAAUAUCAUGUCAUUCUUUUGCCAAUAUUGUUUCUUUUCAUCUACUGUUCGUGUUGUUCUGCCUAAACGCUUACUGCAAAGAAAUGAUAUAGUCAUCCAGUGGUUUAUUUGAGUUUUUUUAACACCAAGUGUUCAAUGAAAGGAUUUGGCAUUAUUAAUUUGCAUUAUUGAAUUUACUUUUUAAUAUUCUUAAUUUUGUUAGCUUUUGAUUCAUUUUGAUGUAGCUUUUUAACGAAACUUAUUUUUCCUAGAAAAGUGCCAUAGGUUUGGUGAUUUUUUUAGCGCAGCCGUCCAAAGCUAUCUUUAAUAUUUCCAUAUACUUUGAAACUGUUCAAGAUAUUAACAUUUAACUCGGUACACAGUUCAUUAUGACAAGACUCUGAAUAGACAUAUGGAACUAAGGCCCAUAACUCUUGGCCAUAAUGUUACAUGUACUUGAGUGAUGCUCCUUGAUCAGACAGGAGCCAGCAUUGACCUCCCCUUGUGGUGCUCUAGUUUCAAACUUGUAUAACUUGUAUAGUGUGAUAGAAAUUAAAGCUAAUGCAGUACUAGAACAAUACAUACAUUGCAAUGUAAAUAUAUACAGCAGACAUUGGUGCCAUUUCUGAAGACAUAGUGUAACUUUACUAUACAUGUAAUUUGGUUGUUUAAAGCACAAAUUAUUGUUGUAAAUUUAGGUAUAAAUGUAGGUUGUUGUUUCAAGCUCAAAAUGUCAUUAAGGAUGUGCAAACUAUUCUACCAUGCAUACAUAUUUUAAAAACAAACUAAAAUGUAUUAAAAACAUUAUUAUACUGUUCUCAUAGAUCCCAACUUAAGAGUGUUCGGAAUCUGCAUGGACAUUUACAUGUACGCUAUAAGUGUUGGUAGUGUCUGUUCUGUAUUAUUAUAAGGUGGGUUUUGUAAUGAUAUAAUUUGAUUGCACAAAGUGAGACACACAUUAAUUGUAUGCUUAUGUGUGUACUGCAUGUUUUAAUGUAUACAAGAUGUUUUAAUACUGUUGUUACGGUUAUAAAAUCUCACUAAUAAAUUAAGCUUUGAAAAUGCCAAAACAUUGUGUUCAUCUUUAUACAUUUAGAUAUAAAUGUCAGGAUGUUUUGUCUAGAGUAGACUAAUCUAUACACUAUAUUAACUUAAGCUAUUAGUAUUGAAAGCAUAUAACCUGUAUUGCAUAUUGAGGAAUGAAAGUUUCCAUAUACGGACAUUGUCACAUGGGGAUGUCUUCUAUAAUACAUACUGGGAGUGAAGAACAAAUCCCCCCUCCCCCCGUGGCCGUGCAACCCGCAGGCAAAAUUCCUCCACUUUUUUCAAAUCUUGAUGAAAUCCGACUCACAUGCUGUAAAACGAAGUUUUAUGUUGUUUUUGGAAGAAAGAAAUAAUGUAAGCUGUAAUUAUGGAUCUAUUAUACACUACAUACUAUGUAUGGAAAAUAACGUUUGAAAACUGAAAGAAAGGUUGAAUGUCAUAGUAGGGGAUUUUGUCCAGGUGGUGAAAUUUUGUCUAGGAGGGGGAUUUUGUCCUGGAGGGUAAAGUUUGUCUGCCUCGCGGGUUGAGAUUUCUUUACUGGGCUCAUUUGCUGAUGAUAUACAUGUAUAUGAUAAUUUUUAACUUGAGUGCUUGUAUACGUGUAUUAAAUGUAUGUUGCCGAUUAUGGGUAUUAAAAUUCUCGUUAAUAUUAAAACACUUAAAAGACGAUUUCAUUAUAUUGAAAUCUUAAAUUGAUUUUGGUAAAUGUCUUUAAUACAUCGGGUUAAUGCUAAAUAUUUGUUGAUUAUCCCAUUUUAAUUUUCUACAAACUCUUGCACAUGUGAAAUUGCAUACAAACUUGUUAGACAUUCAACUAUUCUCCCUGGAUUACAAAAGACAUUCGUCAUUGACAACUAUAACAAUUUUAUGCUUAAAAACAUUAUUGGAGAAACGAAUCUGUUAGUGUUUAAUUAUUUUAUGGCAUUUUAUUGACAUGAGAUUUGGCGAUAUAGAUUAUUGUUAUUUUAUCAUAAUAUGGAGAUUAUCUAGAUAUUUAUACCACGCACAAGGAAUAAGUAACCGUUUUUAAUUCACAGUAUUUAGGAAAGUGUAAUAAAGAUUGUGAAUUUGGAAUAUUUGUUCUAAUAACUUUUUUGUAUUGAACAUAAACUGUGGUUUCGAAUAUUUGUGUGGGAAGCGAUGUCAACCCCCAGAUUGCCAGUUAUAGAGGCGGGGUAAGAAACUAUUUUAUUUAUUUUAAUUGGUUUAUUAUGCCUUCAAAGAAGCGGGGAUUGAUUGUUUUGCACAUGUCCGUCUGUCCGUCCGUACACCAAACCAUGUCGGAUUGAUAACUAGAGAACGCUUAGUAAGAUCCUCAAACUUGGUAGGGAGGUUGGGCAUGACCAUGAAAUACAUUGACCAUUGUCGUAUCAUUAAAAGCAUACUGGCUACCACUUCAAUUGACCCCUAAGCAGCUGCAUGUAUAUCUGUACAACGUGCAGUGUCCUAUUCUUAAAUCUUUAUUAACCAUCGAACUAAUUCACUGCUAUCCGGGGGAGGAUUUCUUCCUUUUUUUCGAAACAAUCAAAGAAGGUUUCCUAAUUUAUAUAUUUGACACAAUAAUAGAGUUUUUUCCUUUUUAGAUGUUACGAGAUAGCAUUUAAUGAGGGUUUUGACAGUAACCAACGAUUUACUGUCAAUGAAAGAUUUACACUGUCUAUACUGUCUAUAUUUUUAUGUAGAUAUAACUAUUUCAACUAUUAAAUAGCUGUCAGAUGAAAGAUGA